GGUCAGGGGAGGGCAGCACCUGAGGAGAGAGAAAACACAAGACGCAACACCACGGCAGGUCUGCUGAGCCCGCAGCAGAACAGACAGAAACCAUGGAGCGCAACAAGACGCGUCGGAGAGACUCACCAAGCGGACGGGAGAAGUGCCAGCUUCUGAUCUGUCUCUAAGUCACUUUCAGGGACAGUGGGCAUCUUUUUUUGUUCACCAGCAGGUGGACGCUGAGUUUCCCUAUGUGUGCGCAAAUUGACUGGAGAGGGGAAAUAGUCUUGGAGUGACCGGCAGCUACCAAAGAACAGGAGGGAAGGAGGAGUAAAAAAAAAAAAAAAAAGAAAAAAAGGAAGGACCGAGGAGUGCCCGCUGGAUGGAAAUGCUCUCUGCGUUAUUUCUAACACUCACUGUGAACAUCUCACGUUGUUUUGGGGGACAUGUCUCCGGUGCGCGCUGCGUAAAAAGCCCCGGACUGCUUUGAUGCCUCAUGCCGUCAGGAGGAACAGUUACUUAUCCACAAGGAAGCUGAGAUUUCAUCAAGAAGGAAGGAGGCACUGGGUUCAAACUGAGAAGCAGUCGCUGAACAGUUGCGAACCAUGGUGAAGUUCCAUAACUCGGACCUAUGGAUAGCCUGGAUGGUCGUCUUCUGCAUGGAAGGUUCAAGGUUUGAUCUACACACGGGGAAAGUGUGUGUGCGGGCGCUGGAUGUGACGGUGUCCCAGAGCAGCGUCCAGGUGGCCCGCGGCCAAGCAGCCGUCCUGCCCUGCUCCUUCACCACCAGCGCUGCCCUCAACAACCUCAACAUCAUCUGGAUGGUGAUACCACUGUCCAAUGCCAACCAGCCAGAGCAGGUGAUCAUUUACCAGGGCGGCCAGGUGUUCAGCCUCGCCAACCACCUCAAUGGCCGUGUGGGCUUCGUGGCCACCAUGCCAAGUACAAGUGCCUCCAUCUUCAUCAACAACACCCAGCUGUCCGACACUGGGACCUACCAGUGCCUGGUCAACAACCUCCCAGACAGAGGGGGGCGCAACAUUGGCGUCAUUGGGCUCACCGUGUUGGUUCCCCCCUCGGUGCCAGCAUGUCGAAUCCAGGGCACGCUGGAUGUGGGCAGUGACAUCAUGAUGAUCUGCAGCUCAGAUGAAGGUAUCCCCACGCCGUCCUACUCCUGGGAGAAGCUGGACGCGCUGCCCAAGCUGCCGCACAACGCCAUGCAAGACCAGAUGCAGGGCACUGUAACACUGAGAAACAUCAGCACCAGCACCUCAGGACUCUACCAGUGUACCUCCAGCAAUGCCAUUGGCAAGAGCACCUGUCUGCUCAACCUGCAGGUCUCAGCACCCCAGCCUCAAAGCGUGGGUCUGAUAGCGGGCACCAUCGCUACUGGAGUCCUAGCUGUCAUCAUCUGUUCCUUGUUAGUGGUGGUCACGCUCUUCUACUGGAAGAACAAGAACAAAUACGACGAGGAGGAGAUCCCCAAUGAGAUCAGAGAAGAUGACCUUCCUCCCAAGAGGUCAUCAUCGGUGAAGGCUUUCCAUGCGGACGCCUCAUCCUCAGAGAACGACACGCUGACGUCCACCAACACCUACAACAGCCGCUACUGGCAUAACCCCAAACCCAACUACGACACCAACUCCUACACGCGCUACAAUGGAGACACUCGCCAGACCUUUUCCACCGCUGCUCACGGUGCACAUGGUCACGGACAGGCCCAGAACGCGGGACACGGCCACAGUACAGUGUCCACAGCACCAGGCUCAGCUCCGCUGUCCCGCCACGCGCAGCCAACCACGGCAACAAUGACGACAUCGUUUGCCAAUGGCAGCCACACGCUGCCGCCGCCCAAGACUCUGGUGGUCACCACGAACUCCGCCCCUUCCCCUCCAGCCAUGGUGCGCAGCAACGGCUCUGUGAGCCUCAAACCUGUGGUGACGUCCGCACACGGGCAGCACACGCACUCCUACGCGGUGAGCCAGGCCACGCUGGAGCGGAUGGGGGCGGUGCCGGUCAUGGUGCCCGCCCAGAGCAGAGCAGGCUCUCUGGUGUGAAAUCCCAUUUGGUAAACUCUUAGCUUUGAAAAACAAGACUAAAUGAGUGUUUGUUUUUGACGUUUUUGAAACCCGCUGAUGAAAAACAGACCGAAUAUGGGCUGAAGCAGCUCGCCACCCUUUACAACUGUGUCUUGUCUUGACCUCUUUAUCUAAAAACAAACCGGGAUUUAACAGUGCAGAGUUCAUUUAAUGCCAAUUCCUUAAUGUAUGGGACCCUUCAUUAGGUAGACAAGCACUACAUGGAAUCUGAUCAUCCAUUUAUUG